GUGACGUGAUAAGGUGCUGUCUGUGUGGUAUUCAUGGUAUUUAGUCCGUGAGCAGACUGCGAACUUGGUACAGCCUAGGUAGUUGGCGAUAACGGAUUUAUACAAAAAUUGCGAAUAUUAUUCAAUAUUUGCGUGCUGUUACUUGAGGCAACAUGUUUUAAACAAAGUGUUGUAAUCCGCGUCGGAUGUUCAGGCACAGUAACUUAGAAAGUUGAUGUAAAAUCGACAGACGGCAAGAAGACAGUAACGCCAGAUAUGUCAUAUGGAUGAACGAUUAGCUGUGGAUCAAGUUGGAUAAUUGUGGAGUACCUUUGAGGUUUCACUUCAUAUUUCCCUGCACAGAUGUUGUAGAACUAAAUCCGCACAUGAUAUCAGUAUAAACUGUUCUGAAGGAUCUCCGCUGACUAUAUGUACUACCGCAAUGGUGAAGGACGAAUGUAAGACCCUUUUAGAUGCCCUUAACAAAGUGUCUGCCUGCUAUAGACACUUGGUCAUCUGUGCUGGUGGGUCAUCAGACUCUCAGAAUUUACGCGAAGAACUGAAGAAAACCAGACAAAAGGCACAGGUCCUGGCAAUUGCCAACAAAGCAAAGCUAACAACUAUUUUAAAAGACAAAACUAUCAGCAAGGAUGACCGAGCUGAAUUCGAAAGGCUGUGGGUGGUAUUUUCAACAUGCAUGGAGAUUUUGGAGAUUGACAUGAGAAAAGCUCUGGAUCUGGGUCAGGAGUUUCCACUGAACCUUCCCACAAAACACCUCAUCCAGACUGGCAUGGUUGGGGGGACAUCUGCUGUGGCUGCCCGUGCCAUGAGUGUACAGAACAUGAAGUACGAAGAGGGCAACGACAUAGACACUGUCGAUCUGAAUGACUUGGAGCAAGAUAUCAAUGAAAUCGGGGAAAUGAUGUACGAUAUGGAGAUGAAGGUGAAUGUACUUCAGUGGACUGUGGAAGCGAAGCAAGAACUGGCUACUGAACUUAAGUCUGCUGCCAGUGCUGGCAGUUCAUCGCUUGGCAUGAUGCCCGUGAACGAGGCUAGAAACAAAAAGCUGUGUGACACCAGUAAAGUCUUUGCUAGCACAAUGUUCACUGCUGUAUUAAUAUUUGCCAUUGUUCUCGCUAUAUGUGUUGUGAAAUUUGCUUAACACUUCAAUGUUGAUAUGUUUUCAUUUGCACAAGGAAACAACUUGAGACAGAGAUAGUAGGAACUGCAGAUGCUGGAGAAUCUGA